AUGUGCAACCUCAAGCUGACAUUCAAACAAUCGGAGACUAUGACUCUGCCGAUGCUUUCUUCACGGAUAGAAACCCUAUCCAUCCACCACUUCCUGCAAGGAAUGACUAUGAGAUCAAGCCUCAAUCAUAGCAUUGAUCGAUUCAAGGAGUACAUUAGGGACUGCCCUAAUCAUGGUUUCAAGGAGGGAAACCUAUGGAAUAUCUUCUAUCGUGGCAUAGACCACAAGUACAAGCUUUCAUUGGAUACUGCAAGCAAUGGAAACUUCAUGACCAAGACAGUUGAUGAAGCUAAGACAAAUGUCAGGGAUAAUAACAACAAGUUAUUUGUCCUACAAGUGCUAGAGUCAGAUAACGGGAAAACGUAUAUGGUCUACUUCAGAUGGGGAAGAGUUGGAGUGAAAGGGCAGAGUAAAUUAGAUGGGCAUUUUGACUCAUGUGAUCGUGCAAUAGAAAUAUUUGGCAAUAAGUUCCUUGACAAGAGAAAGAAUUUUUGGGCUGACAGAAAGGAGUUUAUCCCUAUUCCUAAGCUCUAUACAUGGCUCGAAAUGGACUACAACAACGAGGAAAAUGAUUCAGUUAUAAUAGCUCCUUUUGGUGAUGAAGUGUGGAAGAGAAUAUCGGAGGUGAUGGAUCGGUAUGAUAGAGCGAAGCUUGAGGAACUGAGUGGAGAGUUCUAUACAGCGAUACCCUAUGAUUUUGGUUUUAAGAAAAUGAGUCAGUUUGUUAUAGACACUCCUCAAAGCGAUUGGCUAUCUCCUUGUGAGAAUCGUGGAAUAGCAGCUGUACAUGGAUACUUCAUAAGGUGGAAUAGCAAGAGUGAAUGGGAGACUUGUUACUCGUCAACGAAUAGAGAGUGGAAGUCAAUGGUGGAGCCAGUGAUGAGAUCGUACGUGGAGGCAACAGAUGGAACAAAGAGCGUGCUCGCGAAUGAGCCUGUUGUUGUCAAGAGAGGUCAACACAUUGUCUAA